GAAAAGAACAAAAACAAUUUUCCUAAGUCAAAUAAGUUAUUCUUCAGUGUUUACUGGGGACAUGUUAGACCUCAGGAACUCAGUAGUUCUCCUAGUGACUUUUACUUCUCUACUGCUGGCUCUCUUAUUUAUAAAACUGACAUGGAAAAGAAGGCGAUUGCCCCCAGGACCUUUCGCUCUGCCUGUACUAGGGAACGUUCUACAGAUCCAUAAGCAAGGAGUGGUGCCCUAUUUAGUCAAGAUGGGUGAGACAUAUGGCCCUGUAUGCACCAUUUUUAUGGGGUCACGACCCACAGUGAUUCUGACGGGAUAUCAAGCAGUGAAAGAGGCUCUUGUUGACCUUGGAGAUGAUUUCCUUGGACGAGGUCCACUCCCAGUGUUAGAGCGUGUAUUCAGAAAAGGAGGAUUGGCGCUUCUUAAUGGAACAGCUUGGAAGCAACUACGACAAUUUACCAUGAUGACUUUCCGUGAUUUUGGGAUGGGCAAAAAGACCCUGGAGGAACCCAUCCAGGUAGAAGCUCAGCAUCUAGUGAAACAUUUCAGAAGCUACAAACAAGAGCCAGUUGAUCCCAGUAAUAUCAUGAUCUGUGCUUCAUCCAAUAUAAUUGCCUCAAUCCUCAUGGGAACUCGUUAUAACUACAGUGAUGACAAGUGGAUGCAAUUACUCAAAAAUAUACAUGAAGCAUUUGUUAUAGCCUGUUCUACAUGGGGCCAGCUUUAUGACAUGGUACCCAAUAUCAUGCAAGUCUUGCCUGGACCACAUAACAAAAUCUUUACUCUUCUUCAAGAUCUUGUUAUUGUCGUGGAAGAAAGAGUAAAAUAUAACCUUGACACACUUGAACCAAACUGUCCACGGGAUUUUAUUGAUUGCUACCUCAUCAGAAUGAAACAGGAAAAAGAUCCCAAAACACCAUUUACUGUGACAAAUCUUGUCGCAACAGUGACUGACACAUUUCUAGGCGGAGCCGAGUCUACUGGCAGUACAGUAAAUUAUGGACUUUUGAUUUUUAUAAAGUAUCCCGAAAUUCAAGCCAAGUUACAAGAGGAGAUCCAACAGGUGAUUGGACACAACCGUGAGCCAGUGGUCGAGGACAGAAAUAACAUGUCCUACUUAAAUGCGUUUAUCCAUGAGCUGCAGAGAUAUUGUGAUGUCUUUCCAAUGGGAGCGAAUCGUUCUACCACAAGAGACUUGGAUUACCGUGGAUACUACAUUCCUAAGGGUACUGAUGUUCUUCCAGUGUUAACCACCGUGCUAAAGGAUCCAACACACUUUGAAACACCUGGUGAAUUCAACAUCAAUCAUUUCUUGGAUGAAAAUGGCACAUUUAAGAAAAAUAAUGGUUUCUUGGCAUUUAGUGCAGGUAAAAGGUCGUGCGCUGGGGAGAGCCUGGUUCGGAUGCAGCUGUUCAUAUUCUUUGCCACAAUUCUACAAAAAUUCACCUUAAAGGCAACUGUGGACCCGAAGGAUCUGGACCUUAGUCCUGCAGAAAGUGGCAUUGAGACUAUACCACCCGUCCAUAAAAUCAUCUUUAUACCUCGAGAAUAAACUGCUAUAGGCUAGAUUACAAAUGGUGUUGUAUUUAGCGCUCCCGCUUGAACGUAAACAUCACUGGAAGUAAGCUUUUUGCGCUCAUUACGUUAAGUUUGAAAGUAAAAAGGUUGUGUGCGCGCAAAACCCAAUGCGCAUUAAAAGAUUACUUCAUGAUUUUGCAAUCACAUUAGCACAUUCUCCCCAUAGACUUCAAUGGAGCAGAGAAAAAAACAAAACAAAAAAAACCGAAGAGCACUAAACCCGAUAUGAAUUAUGAAUAUUUUACAUUCCAAUGGUCUUCACAUGUUCAAUUUAUUGUUUUAUAUAUAUAUAAAAUGUUUCUUGGUAAAAUAUAUAUCUAUAUGCUUAUAUAUAGGUAUAGAUAUAUACAGAUAUAUAUAGGAAUAUAUAACAGUACAUAGACUAGUAUAAAAAGAAUUCCCCUAUGUGAAGAACAUUGAUAUUUAACAUUUUUACAAUAUAUAGAACAACAUAUAUACACAUGCAUACACUUAUUUAGACAUGAAUAUGCAUAUAUAUAUAUUUAUAUAUAUAUAUAUAUAUUUAUUAUAGCUCUUUCCAGUCAAACACCUUGUCAUAGACCAUAUGCCUUUGAGCCAUUAUCUUUUUAAUAUUUCUAUGAAUCAUUUUUAUCAGAAAGUUUAUAUGAGUGUUACUAUCAUUUUAAAUGUUACCUAUGUUGUGUUUGGUACAACUUUUUUAACCCUUUAGCCUUUACACAAGCUUUUCGGACCCACUAUUCUGACGAGCGUAGAAUGUGAUUACGCUCUUGUAAUAUGUAAUACAUAAUUGUAAUAUGAGUGAACUUAAGCUUACGUGCUAAAACCUAACACUGUUUGUGCAUUAACGUUAGCACGCCACUUGUAAUCUACCCCAUAUAAAUCUCUAUGUACCAUAUCUUUAUAACGUCACAUUUUAUCUGCCAGCUGAGGAAAUGCAGAGAUGAAUAUCAAUACAGGUGGCCCUCGGUUUACAACGGUUCAAUUUGCACCGUUUCAGAAUAACAACCUUUUUUUUCAGUCAUGUGACUGCUUUUGAAAAGCAUUGAGAAGCAGUGCAUUGACUAGAAUAGCCAGUAGGUAGAGCUGUCCGCUUGUGUUGCAGCAAAGAUAUGCAAUCCAAGCAAGCUGAAAUUAAUCAGUUUAACCAGACCUGAGCUAUCGAGCAGAUUUCAAAGGAACAAGAUCUUCCUGUCUAUAAAUCAGUCCAGAUUGGAAUGCAUAGAAAGAACCGUUUGCAGAAAAAUGCAAGUAAAGUCUGUUUGUGUGAUUAUUUUAUUAGGUUUAUAAUGCUGUUUGGCAAAUGUUUUUGUUCAUUUAACUUAGUUUAAUUAUAUAUUCUGUGUUGUAUGAUUAUUUUAUUAGGUUUAUAAUGCUGUUUAGCAUUUAAAGUCUUCAUUUCAAAGCUUUAAAAAUAAUGUAUUAGGUGUUACUUAUGACAAUUUUGAGAGGGGCCUGGAACCUAACUCCCUCACUUCCCAUUGACUUACAUUAUAAACUGGGUUUCAAUUUACAACGGUUUCGAUUUACAACCAUUCCUUCUGGAACCUAACCCCGUCGUAAACUGAGGGCUACCUGUAUAUGGUUUACAAUUUUAAGAUGGCAUUGUGUGCUUCCUAUUGUUGUGUAAAGAUAAAACAUAGACUUAUGACCAGGGUGUUUGUCACACUGCCUAAUUACCUUAUUAAAUACAGAAUACAAAGACUUGUAAAAAACAAAGCCUCUGUUUAUUGAGCUGUGUAUAUACUACAGAAUAAAACGUGUAUAGACACACACUAUUUCAUAA